GAAAUAAAAAUUGGUUCUAUUGAUAACAUAAAAGCUGGCUCAAUUGAUAACAUAAAAAUUGACGAAGAAGUUCAUUUAAACUGUAUUUAUAAAAAAAAUAUAUUUAAGUCAGUUCACGAAUCCCUAAAUUUUUCUGCUGCUAUUAAUUCAACUCUUUUUAAAAAACAAUUAAAAUACUUAAAAAAUACCAGAUUCGAUAUUAAAAUAGUAAAAUGUAAAUGGGAAAAUGAAGAAGCAGUAAUGGUUUUGAUAAGUGAUAUUAGUUAAAAAGUCUAUAUUGAAAGAAUUAAUUAAAUAUAAGAAUAUAAAAAUUAAAUGCUUUCUUCAAUAACUCAUAAUUUAAAAACUCCUCUAAAUGGAAUUAUGGUCAUGUUAUAAUCUGCUUUAGCUAGCAAUAAAUCAAAAUCGAUUUAAGAAUAAUUAACCUUAGGCCUUAAAAACAGUGUAGGCUUAGGUUUAGCUUUUUUACUUAAACCUUUUAUUAAUUUAAUCAUUGAUGAAGCUUAUAAUGGAUAAUAGGCCAUUGAAAAAGUUUUAUAAAACAAAAAUUAUGAUUAUAUUUUUAUGGAUAUUAAUAUGCCUGUAGUUGAUGGAUUUUAAGCUACUUAAAGAAUUAAAGAAUUGGUUGAUUAAAAAAUUAUUUAGCCUACUAAUAUUAUUAUGGUUUCAGCAUUUAAUGAUUAAUAUGAUAUCGAAAAAAGCUUCAAAAUGGGAGCUUAAGAAUAUGUUUCUAAACCUAUUUAUAUUUCUAAUAUUUUAUCCGCUAUAUAAAGAAUAUAGAAGGCAAAUUUAAAAUUUUGA